CUUAAAUCCCAACUCUCAAAUUAAUUUGGGUGGUAGUAAAAAAACAUCCAAAAGCAUUUCCCCAUUGCCCGCCCUAUAUUGAUUGCAUUCAUUUGCGUAAAAGCGCAUUGUCAGUGUCACUGCCCUUGAGUUGUAUGCUCAUCUGUUAAUUCAGUUGUCUUUCAUUGUGGCAUGGUCCUGGCCGUCAUUCUUGACAAAGAACUUUGACGUUUUCUCAUUUUCGCUUUUGCAUUUGUACGAAAAAGUCGUACGUGAGGAAGUGAACUGUCAAUACCCAAGAGGUUUUGAGGUUCCCCCUUGUUCUUGGUUGACAUUUUCUUGGCGUAUUAUUUUUCAACUUGAGAGAGGUACUCGUUUCAGUGAUGAAUUACUUCGAGUCGUUCCUAAUAGACUCGAUGGUUUAUUGAUAUGUUGUUACCUUGGCAACAUAACAGUACUAUUGCAUUUCGCAAAAAGGAGCUUACAAGUCCAUAAAUGGUCAAGGCCCGUGGGUCAAAGCAGUAAUCCGUAUUAGAGUCGGCAAAGAAAUGGUCAAAAGCAGUAGAAUAAAAGUUGUGGCCGUUUCACCUUCUAACAUUGUGACAAGCGACUACCUAACUAAUGAUUCGACAGUUUUAAAUUUUGAUUGGUCUUUGAAGCCGAUAACGACUUGGCUUCACAUUUUUGGCAUUCAGCCACCGGUAAUCUCCUCUGUCAACCGCGAUAGUUAUUGCAAUCGGUUUGUAUUACUCAUUCCAAUUGCAGCAGUGUUCUAUUUUCUGAAUGUUGGCUGCCAUGGGUUCGCUCUAGGACAGAUGAAGUGGAAUGUCAUCAAGAAGAACUAUAGCAGUUCUACCAGGAACUGGAAUUCAAUCAUUAACGAAAUGAAUUUUAGUUUUUUGACUUUGGCGACACAUUCCGCUCUUUUAUUCGUCAGCUAUUUCAUGGCUUGGAAGGGUCUGACGGAAGUGCUCCGGCGAUUGGAACAAUGCCACCAGUUUGACAGUGGCCAUUAUACAAAAUUCCGGAGAAUCUGUACCGUUGGGUCUUGCUUCAUGUUGAUCGAAAUUGCCAUUGAAUUAUCUGAGACACUUCACGCCCGUUUAUUGUUCGACGCAAAGAUAUUACCUACCUUCUGUGUUAUUUUAUCUGGAUUGAGGAUGGUGUCACUCGUGUUCCCAUUUCUUGGCACUAUCCUGUUCUGUUGUCUGGGAUGGAUGGCUUCGAUCAUGUUACGAAUCAUGGCAGAGGAAAUUGAAUCCUCAAUCAUCAAUCGUCCUGAUAAUAACUCUAGAUUGAAUAAUUGGGUCUUGAUGUCUUUGGAUGGAUGGAGGCGCCGCUAUUUCCUGAUUGUCGAAUUUGUGCAGCAAAUCAACUGCCAUUUCGGUUUUAUUCUUUUGGUUGUCACGGCAUCAGAAUUCGUUCGGAUAACCAACACAUCUUUCCAAUUACUCAUUGAAUUUCUAAAUAACAGUUGGACAUGGUCUAGUAUGUCCACUAUCUUGAUUGCCUUUGACUUUAUCAAAGAGACGGCCUGCUUCUGUAUUUUGCUCUACGUACCUACUAAAAUCCAUGGAGAAGCCAGUGACCUGGUCAAACAGCUGCGGAUGAUGGACUUCGACGAUUACGGUCCCCGAACCCAGAUGAAAUUUCUAGUUGAAGAGAUGACUCAUUCGCUUCCGAGUAUCGCACCAAUGGGGUUAGUUCAAAUAAAUGUCCAACUCAUUCCAACGUUGAUUGGAACGACGUUGACAUAUUUGAUAAUCCUUUGCCAGUUUCAUUCGUCAGAAACUGUAAAAUAAAGUAGGA